UUUUAUGGUGAUAAGUCACUUAUUAAAUUAUUCAAAAAAUUCAUUGUCUUUUCUCGUUUCGUGCACAACCUCAUAAAACUAAUUUAUCCGUGAUUUUCACAGCGAGGCGAUAGUUACCGAAUGGCUACUGAAAAAAAGUCAAAGAAAAACCCUAAGAAGGAUGACUUAAACGAACUAAAACAGGAGCUGGACAUGGAUGAGCAUCGGAUAUCUCUCGAUGAGUUGUAUUCUCGACUAUCCACCGAUCCACAGAGUGGCUUGACUGCUGAACAGGCCAAGACUCGUUUGGAACGGGAUGGACCAAAUGCACUUACACCUCCAAAGACAACGCCAGAGUGGGUGAAAUUCUGUAAAACAUUAUUUGGCGGCUUUUCAUUAUUGUUAUGGAUUGGUGCCGUUCUUUGUUUUAUUGCUUUCUCAAUUGAAAGUGGCACUCAUGAAGAUCCACCAAAAGAUAAUGUAAGUCCGGUUUAAUUUCGAUAAUAGUUGUGUAUUAUUUUUUUUGUUUGAGAUCUACAUUGUCUGACCCAUAAUUUUAUCAGAGAAUACAAAUUCGAGUACUCUUAUCAUCAGUACUUGUUGUCUAUGCUAAUUCUGAAUUGUGAUUAAGCUGUCCUGUAAACUAACCUAUUUUACAUGUACACUAGAUAAUCUAAUGCUCAGGAUUUCUUUAGGCAUACACAAAUGGAAAACAUGUACCUUGUUUACUAGUUGGAGUAAAAUGAUUGAGGAGCUGUCGAACUACUGGUAUUGAUUACUAUUGUGUACUUUACAAGGGUAUCUAAAUGUUAGUUGAUUCUGAAUGAAGUCUAUCGAAACGUCUCUUAUCAUUUGUUUCUGUGUUUCUAUCUGCUCACACUGCUUUACCUUGGGAUUGUAUUAUCAGUUGUCGUAGUGGUCACCGGUUGUUUUUCAUACUACCAAGAAUCAAAGUCAUCACGUAUUAUGGAAUCGUUCAAAAAAAUGAUUCCCCAGACUGCUUUAGUUAUUCGUGGUGGAGUGAAAAUUGAAGCACCAGCUGAAGCUUUGGUAGUUGGUGAUUUAAUCGACGUCAAGUGUGGUGAUCGUGUACCAGCAGAUAUAAGAAUCAUUUCAGCUAGUUCAUUCAAGGUGGAUAAUUCUGCGUUGACUGGUGAAUCUGAGCCACAAUCACGUACAGCAGAAUAUACAAAUGAAAAUCCAUUGGAGACAAAGAAUUUAGCCUUCUUCUCAACUAACGCUGUCGAUGGUACAUGUCGUGGUAUAGUUGUUAGUACUGGUGAUCGUACUGUUAUGGGUCGUAUAGCAAAUUUAGCUUCAGGUUUACAAAUUGGUCAAACACCAAUUAAUAAAGAAAUUAAUCAUUUUAUUCAUCUUAUUACAAGUGUUGCUGUAUUUCUUGGUGUUUCAUUUUUUGUUAUUGCAUUCAUUUUGGGCUAUCACUGGCUUGAAGCUGUAAUCUUCUUAAUUGGUAUCAUUGUAGCUAAUGUUCCAGAAGGUCUUCUAGCUACUGUGACGGUAUGUUUAACAUUAACCGCUAAACGUAUGGCUAGUAAAAAUUGUUUAGUGAAAAAUUUAGAAGCUGUUGAAACACUUGGAUCAACAAGUACCAUUUGUUCAGAUAAAACUGGUACAUUAACACAAAAUCGUAUGACUAUAGCCCAUAUGUGGUUUGACAAUAAAAUAUUUGAUGCUGAUACUACAGAUGACCAGUCAGUUGCCACUUACGAUAAAAAUUCACCAACUUGGAUAGCAUUAGCUCGUAUUGGCAUGUUGUGCAAUCGUGCUGAAUUUAAAGCAGGCGAAGAAAACAAACCAGUAUUGAAACGUGAAUGUAAUGGAGAUGCAUCGGAAUCAGCUUUGUUAAAAUGUGUUGAAUUAUCAUUUGGUGGUGUUACAGAUUAUCGUCGUAAAAAUCCAAAAGUUGCUGAGAUUCCAUUCAAUUCCACAAAUAAAUAUCAGUUAUCGAUCCAUGAAACCAAUGAUAGUGAUGAUCGUUACUUAUUAGUUAUGAAAGGUGCACCUGAACGUAUACUUGAUCGUUGUGGAACUAUUUUAAUUAAUGGUAAAGAAGAAGUUAUGGAUGAAUCAAUGCGUGAAAAUUUCAAUAGUGCUUAUUUAGAACUUGGUGGAAUGGGUGAAAGAGUUCUAGGAUUUUGUGAUUAUCGUCUACCAUCGGAUACUUAUAAGAAAGGUUAUGCUUUCAAUGUAGAUGAACCGAAUUUUCCUUUAACCAAUUUACGUUUUGUUGGUUUAAUGUCUAUGAUUGAUCCACCUCGUGCUGCAGUACCAGAUGCAGUGGCUAAAUGUCGUUCAGCUGGUAUUAAAGUAAUCAUGGUCACUGGUGAUCAUCCAAUCACAGCGAAAGCUAUUGCUAAAGGUGUGGGGAUAAUUUCCGAAAGUUCUAAAACUGUCGAAGAUAUUGCCGCUGAACGAGGUAUUCCAGUUCGUCAGGUCAAUCCACGUGAUGCACAAGCAUGUGUAAUACAUGGAUCUGAUUUACGUGAAAUGACUCCAGCACAAAUUGAUGAAAUUUUAUUAAAUCAUUCAGAAAUUGUAUUUGCACGUACUAGUCCACAACAAAAAUUAAUUAUAGUAGAAGGUUGUCAACGACAAGGUGCAAUUGUUGCUGUAACCGGUGAUGGUGUAAAUGAUAGUCCAGCUUUAAAACAAGCUGAUAUUGGUGUUGCAAUGGGUAUAGCCGGUAGUGAUGUGAGUAAACAAGCAGCGGAUAUGAUUUUAUUAGAUGAUAAUUUUGCUUCAAUUGUUACAGGAGUUGAAGAAGGUCGUAUUAUAUUUGAUAAUUUGAAAAAAUCCAUCGCUUAUACAUUAACAUCGAAUAUACCAGAGAUUACACCAUUUCUAGUUUAUAUUUUAGCUGAUAUUCCAUUACCGUUGGGCACAAUUACAAUUCUAUGCAUUGAUUUAGGUACUGAUAUGAUUCCAGCAAUUUCAUUGGCUUAUGAAGAGGCUGAGGCAGAUAUUAUGAAACGUAUGCCACGUGAUCCAUUACAUGAUAAAUUAGUGAAUGAACGUUUAAUUUCAAUGGCUUAUGGUCAAAUUGGAAUGAUACAAGCAUCAGGUGGUUUCUUUGUUUAUUUUGUUAUUAUGGCUGAAAAUGGUUUUUGGCCAUCACGUCUACUUGGUAUACGACGUGAAUGGGAUUCCAAAGCUAUUAACGAUUUAGCAGAUUCUUAUGGACAAGAAUGGACAUAUAAUCAACGUAAACGAUUAGAAUAUACAUGUCAUACAGCAUUUUUUGCAUCAAUUGUCAUAGUACAAUGGACUGAUUUAAUGAUUUGUAAAACACGUCGUAAUUCUAUAUUUCAACAAGGAAUGUGGAAUCAUCAUUUAACAUUUGGUUUAUUCUUUGAAACAACAUUAGCUAUUUUCUUAUCUUAUUGUCCUGGUUUAGACAAAGGUCUACGUAUGAUGCCAAUGAGAUUUACAUGGUGGCUUCCAGGUCUACCAUUCAGUUUUCUGAUAUUUGUCUAUGAUGAAGUGAGGAAAUUCCUACUUCGACGGUUACCGCCUGGGUCAUGGCUUGAAAAAGAAACAUAUUAUUAGUUGUAGUUAUAGUAAAUCCCCUCCCCCUCUAUUAUAUAUGAGUAAAUAUAAAUAUUAUAUAUAUAUGCAUUCUUGUCAUCUCUCUCUGUGUGUACUGCACAUUUGUAGUUACAAUUAAUUGAUUCUUUACUUCUUUCUAUCUCACUGUUUUCACACAUACACACACGCACUCGCAUGAUAUCCUCUUGGAAAUAUUAGCAUCUUCUGUAUUGAAACUCUGGAAUCCUGAUAUAAAUUACUUGAUACAUUACGGAGUUUUGUGUUUUACAUCACUCAUGUACAUGUGUGUGUGUUUGUGCUUAUGCACUUGCUUGUGUAUUAUUAUCUGUGCUGUUUUCUAGUGAAUCACUUGAUAAUGAUGAUGUUUGCCCACAUUCUAUUUCCUUUUUUUUCACUUCAUAUUGUUCUCUUCUCUUUAUUUGAAUAAACAAAAAGGAAGAUUUUCCAUUCAUUAUAUUACUUUGUUUCUAACUUUCUUUCUGAAAUGGAUCAAUUUGUCAAUGAGAAAACCAUGUUCUUCCUUGUAUUGUUCUUCUUAUCAUUACCAUUUCAUUGAUCAUCAUUGUCGAGAUAAUCGUUACUGUAAGUUUCGCAAAGUAGAAUUUAAACACAACACAUAUUACAUAAUCAGUAAUAUGAUUAUUAGCGAGAAAUGCGCCUUAUCUUACAGUGAUUUCAUUUAUUUGUUGUUUAUUUUCGAGGAGAAUUGUUGUAUUUUGACCGUCAUCAUCAAUAUUGUCAUUACUGCUAUAUGGACACUACUUACUACUAGCUAAUUAGUGAUAAUCAGUAGUGUAAUAGGUGUGUAUUAUGAUGUAGUAUUUUAGUAGUAAUGACAAUUAUCACAUUUAGAUAAAUUUAUUAUUGUGUUAUUUUGUUUGUUUGUUUGUUAGUUUUUUUUUCAUCGAAAUCUAUCUGAAACAAAAUGAAGUGAAGAGUUGUUCUUGCCUAGUCGUCGUCAUACUCACACACACACACGUGUCACUUGCCCUCUCUCUGUCACUCACUUUGUUUCACCCUCUCCUUUUUUUUCUCUCGAUUUUGUUCAAUGGGAAAUUGUUUCCAAAACCCCUCCUUCUCUAUUGUUGUUUGUUUUUCUUGUAUCGAUCAUGUUGAUUUUGUACAUUUCACAUUGAUUUGUUUGUUUGUUUUGUUUAUUUCAGGUUUUUUCUAUGAAUAAUAAUUAUGAUUCUGUAGAAAAUGGUGUGUGUUUUUUUGUAAACGUGUGAAUUAGAUUGAGUAAAAAGAGAGAAAAAAACUUAAAAAAAAAGGGAAGUAAAUUGUUGUUAAUUAUUAUCAUUAUUUGUCCUUGUUAAUUGAACAUUUAUGAAAGAUUGUGGUUAAUUUUUCUUUUCUUUUUUCUUCUUUUUUACUCUAUUCCAUUAGUCUCUUUCAAUUCGUUCGCCGGUUGUUUUUCUUUUUGUUGGCAUGAGUGACUCUCUUCUCCUACUUGUUCGUAUGUGUGUGUGUGUAUGUGCAUGUUUAGAUAUGUGGUAAUCUGAUGCUCAUAGACUGUGGUGUGUUUUUGUUUUAAUAUAGAUAAUAGACUGAUUGUUUGUGAACACGUCCCCUCUCUCUUUCUCUUGUUCACUCACACACACACACACACUCGUAUGUUUAUUGUGUAUUCAUUGUUCAUUCAUACUAAUCAAUCCAAAACCUAAUUAUUAUCAUUUAUGAUGAAUAGAGUAUAUUAAUGAUUAUUACAAUGAAAAUAGUGAUAUAUGUGUGAUCUUUUAUAUUAUUAAACAGGAUCAUAUUAUAUAUUUGAUUAAUGUCAUAGUACUACUACAUUACACAUAUAGAAGUCAUCAAUUAGUAGAUAAUUCUAUGAAGCUGUUGUUACUAAUGUCCUUUGUUAUUUUGUAUUGUUUCCCUUUUCUCUCUCUCUCUCUCUCUUUCUAUUUCUGCUUCUCUUUUUCAAUGAUUACACAAUAUAGACUAGUCAAUUUGGUCUUGACCAACCAACAUAUUCUAAUUCCAUAUUGAUAUCGUUUAUUUUAUUAACCAAAUAAUCUAAAUAGUUAAUGUUCAUGGUAAAAACUUGUCGAAUUUUGAUUCAUCCCAUCUUAUUUAAUCUAUUUUCUAUGUUCUUAUGCUUUAAAACAAGAAUCAUAGACCAAGAUAGAUCCAUCCUCUUUAUGUUUAGAUUCCCCCUAUAAAACUAGAUCUUUAUAGUGUGUGUGUGUGUGUGUGUAUAAGUGAUUUAGAUAUUUUGUCUUUUCUUCUUUACUUUCACAUAUACAAAUGGAUAAGAACAAAUUUGUGGAAUUUUUCUUUCUUUCUUUUUCAUUUCCAUGAUAAACUUCAAUAUUACAUAUAUAGUGUAUUUGUUAUGUAACUCAAACAAAUAAAAUUCUGUUCCCGCCUUUUUUUUCUUUUAAAGAAUAAAAUCAAUAGUUUUGAACACUGCUCUAAUUGAUUGAUUGAUUGAUUCAUUGAUUGUUUUUCUUUGACUAUUUCCAGUUGUUGUUGUUGUUCAUAUAUAUUGGUAUUAUUGUUACUGAUAGUUUGUUCCUUGUUUCAUCUAUUCUCCCCCCCCCCUCGCCCUAUAUUCAAUUCAUCUAAUUUGAAAUGACGUAAUCCUUUUUUUUAUCAUAGAAGUACUAAUAUUAAUAUUACACAAAGAAAUAAUAUUAAUUGGUAGCCAUAAUAGUAACAUAUAUGUGUAUACAUAUGUGUGUGUGCGUAACAGAGGCUAACAUACACACAUACAUAUAUAUAUAUAUAUAUAUAUAUAUAUAUAUAUAUAUAUAUAUAUAUAUAUAUAUAUAUAUAUAUACACGGGACGAGAAUUUACUGAUCGUCCUCUUUGCUGCACCCGUAAUCAUUCGUCAGUUUUGUUUUCUCUUUCUUUUUAUAAAAAGAAAAGAACCAAUUUAUCAUUCUCUCUCACUCACUAACUCUGUUCUCAUUUCUCAUUACACAUGAUAUUUGUUUCUUCUUGAUUUAUCCAAUUGAGUUUAUUUGUAGGAGUCUCAAUAAAUUGAAUAUACAAUAAUUGACUUUCCUUUAUUAUAAUCAUUGAUAUUGAUUGUAUUGUAUUGUAUAUUAGUGGUAAUGGUAGUUUUGAGAUGAUGGAUAGUUCGAAUUGAAGAACUCUAAGCCAAUACAGAAUACCUAGGUGAGAAUAAUAUUGGAUCUACUUUGACUGAAAUAAAUUAAGAUAAGUGACAAUGUCGACAUAUAAUUUUCGUGUAGGAUUAAGUUGAAAGAAAGCGAUUAAUACAAGUCAUGAUAUCAGUCCAUGUUGACAUUGAUCGUUACACUGAGCCGUAUUGCUAUGGACAGGUUAUCUGAUUGAGAUCUGCAUGAUUAUAUUGACCAAUGGUUGGAGAAUUGGAGCGACAACAUAUCUCAUAAACGUUCACAAUGAUUUAGUUGGAUUCAUUCCUUGAAAUUUCAAAAUCAUCUUAUACUUUGUGCUUUGUGAAUUCACUCUUCUCG